AUGACAACGAUGUUCGUCCAACUGCGCCGCGUGGUGUACCUGUUGGUACUUCUGCACUGCUGUACUAGUGUGGCAUAUGCGCAAGGUGAUGAUGAACUUUUGACAUCUGAUGAAAAGGAUAUCUUACAGGAAAUGAGUGGUUUGACAGCUAAGAUGGAAAAGAAGAAAGAAGAAAUUAAUGUUAUCCUUGUGUCAUUAAACAGCGUAAAGAAUGAAUGCAGUGAAGCGUCAAAGCGUGCUCAGAAUGCAGCAAAGACGGCCAAAGAACUUGAAGGCGUUGUUGUGGAUACUGCAGGCCUUAUUAUGCAGUCAACUGAAAAUUUGAAUGAGAGUGAAGUAAAAAAGGUGUUAAGGAAGGCACUAUAUGCUGUAAGAGAGGCCACUGAUGCCGCUAACAAGGCGAACCUGAUAGCUAAUAAAACAAACAAUACGGCGCUUGAAAUCCGACAGGGGGAAAUAGAUUUGCAAAUGGCGAAAUAUGAUGUUGAGGUGAUUGUUGAUAAACACAUUUACGAUGAAGAUAAAACGAGUCGCUCAAAGGAAAAAGUAAAGGAAUUGGCUGAAGAGUGCAAUAAAAAAACGAAGGAAGUAAAGACUUUCCUUCAGGAUUUAGAAAAGGUCUCUGAAAGUACUUUUAGUUUAGCGGAGGAGGCUAAGAAACAGGCGGAAGCUGCCUCCGAUGCAGUAAAAAGUCUUCAACCAUUGAUUGAUGAUAUUUCCCGACAGCGCCCUCAGAUGAAAGCAGAUCUGGAUCGUGAAAUUGAGGAGGAGAAACGAAGAUUAUCUGAAACCACGACAGCAAAUGAAGGUAAGGAACCACCACACAAUAAUAAUGAGUUAGACGAUUCACAUCCAAAUAAACAGAAUGAGAUGGGAGGCCAUACAAAUGCCCAACAGCAGCAGAAUCAACAGGACUCUGAGAAUAAAAAUGAAGAAAGCAAUGUUGCAACACAAGAGAAUAAUAAUAGUUCCCAGAGCAACACUCCAACGUCCAGUCAUUCAUCUGCUUCUGGAACUUCGCCAUCACAAAAUAUGCUAACUAAUACUUCUUCAGUUUCAAUCCCUUUAAAUGUUACUCAGUUAAGUGACAGCAGCAGCAGUCCUGCAUUGGUGCACAGUCCCUUACUGCUGCUUCUUGUUUCGAUGUGUGUGCUGGGCUGA